AUGGCUACCCCGUGGCUCACGGCAGCCGCUGUUGACGAUGGCGAAAAGAAAAAGGAACAGGAGGAAUUACUUGUGUUUGGUUAUGCCUGCAAGCUUUUCCCUUACGAUGAGAAAGCGGCGCUUAUUGAAGCUGAAAAGCACCUGAUUCCAUGGAUGGGCGACGAGAACGUCAUGAUAGACAGGUAUGAUGGUCGAGGUCACUUAUAUGACCUAAGUGAUUAUGAUGCAGAAAAAAAAAAUUGUGAUUCACUCUCUGAAGAGGAGAAGCAUAUUGAAGCUAUGUGUGACCAGGAGAGAUACCUGGAACUACACACAGAUAUACAAGAACAAGCACUUUAUGAAGAGGAAGAAUGGAAACGCUAUUAUCAGUCUCUAUCUGAAGGUUUUAAUGCAGUUGGAUUUGUAUAUGAACAACAAUAUGAUCCCUCUCUGCCAACUGAUGAAGAUCAAGAAUUAACUGCUGCCUUAGAAGCUGCAGUAGAGAAAUUUGUUGCACCCAAAGAAUUACUGGUUCCAUCUGAAAUGAUUAUUCCUGACAGCAAUAAAAUCAAUGCCAUUAUUGAGAAGACAGCCAGUUUUGUUGUGAUGCAAGGUGGACAAAUGGAAAUAAUGAUCAAGACUAAACAAUCAAGCAAUCCUUUAUUUGAGUUUUUAAACAUUGACAAUAUACUCUACCCAUACUAUAAGCAUAUGAUUAAGAUGAUCAAGUCUGGAAAAUACAAGCCUAAAGUAGACAAUGAGAGUGAAGAUGAAGAUGAUAAUGAUGAUGAUGACGAUGAUGAUAACCAGAGUUACUUGCAUCCAAUUCUAACAGUGAAAUCACAACCUGCUGAAUGUCGCAAACCACUGAAAAUGCCCACAGUGGAUAUACAAAAUACAACUUAUGGAGACCUCAUACGGUCUGUGAAAGCCUCUACAGCAAGACAAAAUGCUAAAAAAAUUAAAGCAAAGGAACUUGAAGCGAGUGAUCCCAAACCUAGCAUACCUCCAUUCAUGGCCCAACCCGUAUAUGGUCCAAAUGUUCCCCCACCUCCUGGUGUUGAACCUGUCACCUUACCACCAUCUGACCAACCUCCUCCUCCAGGAACAGACAAUGCUGUACCUUUAUGUUUGCCUAAAUAUGAUUCUUCAGAUUCUCCAGAGAAUACAACAGGAAGUGACUAUGGUUCUCAACAGAAUGAUAUAAUCCCUCCAUCACCAGAUGUACAGCCAGUCAUAGACAAGAUGGCUCUUUAUGUUGCAAAAAAUGGGAUAGAAUUUGAGAUGGUAGUCAAGAAUAAAUGUGAUCCACGUUUUGAAUUUCUCAACAAAGACCACUUACAUCAUCCAUAUUAUGAAUUCAAGAAACAACUGCAUAUCAAGGAAUUUGAGAAAGAAAGAAAGAAAAUUGAAGAACAGAAAGCUGCUCAAAAUAAAGGUGUCAGUUUUUCUAUCAAGACUAAAACCAAAGAACAAGAAAGUGUGUCAUUAGAGAAGCGUCCAGUUUUUGCCUGUGAGAGCAGUGAAGAUGAAAGUGAAGCAGAUGUUCAUAAACAGUCUCAAACAAACAGUCCUGAUGCAGAAUCUGGAGAGUUCCAAUCAAGCAAGAAAUCAACUGAAAUCAAAGCUGUCUCAGAAGACAAAAUGGAAAAACCAGAUUCUUCACAGGAAGACAUGACUAGAAAAUUAGCUGAGGAGAAACUUAAAGAUCGGCUGGCAUUGGCUGCCCGAGAGAAACUGGCUCAAGCAACCAAAGAGAAACAGCUUCAGGCUGAACGUAAGCGUAAAGCUGCUCUCUUCAUCAACAUGCUCAAGUCUUCUAACCAAUUGUUGCCUCAUUCCAAUAACUCAGAAAAUGCCGAAGGGGAUCAUUUAGAAAUAGGGUCAAGUGGUAACACACCAAUACCAAGCCAAGCAAGCAGCCCUCAGCUUGAUACUAAUUACCAAUCUGCAAACUCUGUAGACUAUACACUGGACUCUAGCUCCAAGGGAGAAAUUGGACGAUCUUCUUCUGAGAGGGGAAAUGAAAAAAGUGAUCACCAGCAACAAUCAAGUAGCCAUACCAGAAACCAUCAAAGACACUCUCGAUCACCUACACCUCCUAGUGCCUAUAACUUACCCCGAAGCAGAUAUCAUAAUUCUGCUGUUGUGCUGCCCCACCGUAGUGAAAAGUCUCAGUCUUCAGAAAAAAGAUCUCGAUCACCCUAUAGUAAAAAAGUCAGUAAAAGUCCUUCCAGGAAGCGAAGCUCUUCAAAGUCCCCUUCUCGAAAGGGGAAAUCUUCAAUGACCAAGUCUCCUAGUCCCAGUAAGCGAAAGCACCAGCAUUCACAAUCUAGGUCUCGGUCUCGGUCUCCCAGUCGUUAUGUAUCAAAUAGUCGUCAGAACAGGCGCAGGGAUUGGUCUCGGUCUCCAAACUAUGCAAGUUCUCAUAAUAGAUCUUCCAAAUUGCGGCGUCAUUCUCGGUCACGAUCACCAUCACAUCCCUCUCGAUCUCAAUCCCAAUCUAGGUCCCACAGAGAACGCUCCAAGUCACCCAACAGUAAAAAGAAUAAUAAAAGCCCAUCAAGGAAACGUAGUCAUUCAAAGUCUCCAUUUCGGAAAUUUAAACCUUAUUCAAAAUCACCAAAUUCUAAAAAGAAGCACAAACGUUCAAGAUCACGGUCUUCAAGUAAAAAAAGGUCCAAAUCUUCCAGUAAAAGUAUAAAAAAGGAUACUUUGAAAAAGAAAAAUGGUGAUGUAACAGAUAAAAGAAAGGAAUUGUCCAAAAACGGUGGACCAACAAUUGACCUCACAACCAAGUCUGAUUCUCUGGUUGAACUUUCUUCAGAGACUGAAAAUGAUGUAAAUAAUCAGUUAGCUCUUCCAAAUGACCACAAAAGUACACAAGUAACAGUGCCAACAAAAUCUGAACCCCAAGUAUCCGAGACAAUUUUGUCAAAGGUACGUGCCAUGCUAAAAGCAAGUCGGCAAGCAAUUUUGAAAGAGGAGAAAGAAUGCUCUGAUGUCUGA